CAUAUUAGGAUCACAUCUCUCUCUCUCUCUCUAGAAAAAUACAUCAAGAGAAGUUGCGAAGAAUAGGUCAGUCACAUGGAUAAGUGAAUAACAUAUGAUAAAAUAAUAGUAUAAGAGAGUUUGAUGAAGUUAGUUACGCGUUUUGAUGAAUGAAGGAAAAGCGAAGUUAAAAAGAGGAGGAGCUCCAAAAAGCAAGUAGAGCCACAGGAAUUGGGGGUUUGUUAGUAGUAAUAGAAUUGGGGAAAAUGGUAGCAAUCGGAAUGGCUAAGAUGGAAUCCGAUCAGCUGAACCAGCUUCGGGACAUCUUCGCCCGGUUCGACAUGGACCACGACGGCAGCCUCACGCAGCUGGAGCUGGCCGCCCUCCUCCGCUCGCUGGGCCUCAAGCCCUCCGGCGACCAGAUCCACGCCCUCCUCGCCAACAUGGACGCCAACGGCAACGGCUCCAUCGAGUUCCAGGAGCUGGUCGACGCUAUCCUCCCCGACAUCAACGACGAGGUCCUCCUCAACCAGGACCAGCUCAUGGAGGUCUUCCGCUCCUUCGACCGCGACGGCAACGGCUACAUCACCGCCGCUGAGCUCGCCGGCCAGAUGGCCAAGAUGGGCCACCCCCUCACCUACCGCGAGCUCAGCGACAUGAUGCAGGAGGCCGACACCAACGGCGACGGCGUCAUCAGCUUGAACGAAUUCGCCACCAUCUUGGGCAAAUCCGCCGUGGAGUUUCUCGGCCUCUCCGACUCCCAGUCCCAAUCCCCAUCCUCAUCCUCCUCCUAGGGUUCCUAAUCUUAAUUUCAUGAUUCUUUUUCUCUUCUUGGGAAUCGGAGAUGCCGAUGUUGUUGUAUCACCAACUAAUUGAUUUUUAUUUCAUUGACUAAUUACGAUUCAUCAUUCAUGGCUUCUUGGAUCAUUGUUUUCGUUAGUGUUUAUAAUUAAUUAGUUGUACAUAUUUUCAGGGGGAAAAUAUUGGAAGAAUUUGAACAGCAAUUUGUAGCGUAUGAUGUUGAUAAUACCAUGUAAUUAUGGAAUGGAUGUGGAAUAUUGUGGCUAA